UCUAGAUGCUGUUUUCUAUAGAAGCAGGCAGGCGCUGUGAAUCGGGCCCUGGAACCUUUAACUUUGAGACCAGACAGAGUGACGAGAUCAUUCGCCUUACUGAGUCGGCUAUUCGCCUACAGAAGAGCCUUGCCGUUACUGGAGACAGGCACUCGCCACGUUCUCGUUCUCCUCGCUCACCCCUUCCAAGACGCCCUGAUAGUUUUACUUUGCUUGAUACGGAGGGCAGCAACAGCCCUCAGCCUUCAGACACAAAACUGCCCUUGAACCCUAAUCCAGCAGAUGUCCUUGGCCCAAACAUAUAUGCUGUACAUACAAAACCUUCAAGUCCUAUUGGCUUAACCGAACCGAAAGAUUCCAUUUGCUCCUUAAAAAGCACACACUCGGAUCCUGGUGGCGGUAUUAGCUUGAUUGAGCCUGUGUAUUCAAAUCCUGCGAUUUUAAUAGGCAGACAUGAACCUGUGUGUGCAGAUAUAAAGACAGAUCCUCUCCAAUCUCAUCAUUGGGAUGAAUCAGAACCAGUGUAUUCUGAUCCUGCAGAUGUCAUCCGCCCGAAACUUAACAUUUGUGUCCAUGCCAACCUUACUGACGCGAUGGACUGCCGGCCUGUCAAGACAACACCAAACAAUGACAAGCAGCAAGAAUCGGUGUACUCUGAGGUGUACGACCAUGUCAAACUAAACACAAGUAAAGGACUUGACCAGACUGAAGAGCCCAUUUAUAGUGAACUUGAGUUUGUACAGUCAACUAAAAACGACAGCUCUCAACAAAACAAAAUGCCUGAUGAAAACCAAUCCAUCUACAACAAAGUUUACAAACCACCCAAAACCCCUCACCAAGAAAAGAAGCUAAGCCAAACACCAGAGGUAGUCUCUGAGGACCUUGGAAUGAUUUAAUUAAAUCUGUAAUAUAAAGUCUUU